AUGGCCACGGCGGCUUCUAACCCCUACCUGCCGGGGAACAGCCUGCUGGCGGCCGGCUCCAUUGUACACACGGACGCGGCGGGGGCCGGCGGCGGUGGGGGCGGGGGAGGCGGCGGCGGCGGCACAGGGGGCGGAGGGGGCGGCCUGCAGCCCGGCAGUGCCGCUGUGACCUCCGGCGCCUACCGAGGGGACCCGUCCUCCGUCAAGAUGGUCCAGAGCGACUUCAUGCAGGGGGCCAUGGCCGCCAGCAACGGCGGCCAUAUGCUCAGCCACGCGCACCAGUGGGUCACGGCCCUGCCCCACGCCGCCGCCGCUGCCGCGGCCGCCGCCGCCGCCGCGGUGGAGGCGAGCUCGCCCUGGUCCGGCAGCGCCGUGGGCAUGGCCGGCAGUCCCCAGCAGCCGCCGCCGCCGCAGGGCCCCGACGUGAAGGGCGGCGCCGGGCGCGAAGACCUGCACGCGGGCACCGCGCUUCACCACCGCGGCCCGCCGCACCUCGGGCCCCCGCCGCCGCCGCCGCCGCCGCCGCCGCACCAGGGCCACCCUGGGGGCUGGGGGGCCGCCGCCGCCGCGGCCGCCGCCGCCGCCGCGGCCGCUGCCGCGCACCUCCCGUCCAUGGCGGGGAGCCAGCAGCCGCCGCCGCAGGGCCUGCUGUACUCGCAGCCUGGGGGCUUCACGGUGAAUGGCAUGCUGAGCGCGCCCCCCGGGCCCGGCGGCGGCGGCGGCGCGGGCGGCGGAGCGCAGAGUCUGGUGCACCCGGGGCUGGUGCGCGGGGACACGCCCGAGCUGGCGGACCACCACCACCACCACCACCACCACCCGCACCCGCCGCACCCACACCACGCGCAGGGCCCGCCACACCACAGCGGUGGUGGCGCAGGGCCAGGACUCAACAGCCACGACCCGCACUCGGAUGAGGACACGCCAACGUCGGACGACCUCGAGCAGUUCGCCAAGCAGUUCAAGCAGCGGCGUAUCAAGCUUGGCUUCACACAGGCCGACGUGGGGUUGGCGCUGGGCACGCUGUACGGCAACGUGUUCUCGCAGACCACCAUCUGCCGCUUCGAGGCUCUACAGCUGAGCUUCAAGAACAUGUGCAAGCUCAAGCCGCUGCUGAACAAGUGGCUGGAGGAGGCGGACUCGAGCACCGGCAGCCCCACCAGCAUCGACAAGAUAGCGGCGCAGGGCCGCAAGCGCAAGAAGCGGACCUCCAUCGAGGUGAGCGUCAAGGGCGCGCUAGAGAGCCACUUCCUCAAGUGCCCCAAGCCCUCCGCGCAGGAGAUCACCAACCUGGCAGACAGCCUGCAGCUCGAGAAGGAGGUGGUGAGGGUUUGGUUCUGCAACCGACGCCAAAAGGAGAAACGCAUGACGCCGCCCGGGAUCCAACAGCAGACGCCCGACGACGUCUACUCGCAAGUGGGCACCGUGAGCGCCGACACGCCGCCGCCACACCACGGACUGCAGACGAGCGUGCAGUGA